UGUGUGUGUGUCCUCUGAACUUCUUCUUCUUUUAUCUUUUAGCAACAACAGGCUGCGUUUCCCCUCCGACCCCUCGGCUCACCUCCAGGCGUUCAGCAGCCUCAGAGUCCUCGUCCUCAACAGCUGCGACCUCACCUGGCCGCAGAUCCUGGAGUGCGCCCCCAUGUGGCCGCAGCUGGAGGAUCUGUCAGUGCAGGAGAACAACAUCACAGAGCUGCAGAGGCCCGACGGAGUCCUGCGGUCCCUGAAGAGUCUCAGUCUGUCCUCCAAUCCUCUAGUGCAGGAGACUGUGCUCAGUGUAGCUGCUCUGUCCAGACUGGAGGAUCUGGACCUGUCAAGGACCGGACUGUCUGAGCUUCGGUUCGAUGACGCCGCUCCCGGAUCUCACACAGCCAUGUUCCCGGCACUGAGGAAGCUCAAUGUGGACCACAACAACAUCACAGAGGUCAGUGUCUGUUUCUGCCAAAUACUGAGCUCCACUCAACCCGUAACAGUCAGCAGAGGAACCAGAUUAUUGUCAUUGUGUUAAGAGUAAAGCACCAGU